UUCCUUCCGGUAUCAAAAUCAAUGUGUCCAGAUUGAUUUUUCCCCACUGUCCCCAACGCAGGGAGAAACAGAAACCCGGCCUCACUCAAACUGCUAGAUCUGCAACACACACGGUACAACCGGGCAGGUACGAAAGUGACACACCUCCUUUCCCCAGUAACGUGGAUAGCCUUAAUCUAACCAAGGAGCGAAAAUGCAGAUUUCUACAAGCCUUAUUUUUGUCAGCUUUGCUGUGUUGAUGGAAAUCCUUGUUCAGGGAUCUGAGGCGAGUAAUAACAAGAAGCUACAGAUUGGGGUCAAGAGACGAGCUGAUCCUGAGAAAUGUAAAAUCAAGUCGCGGAAAGGAGAUAUCCUGCACAUGAACUAUUCCGGAAAAUUGGAAGAUGGAACAGAAUUUGACAGCAGUUAUUCUCGAAAUCAGCCAUUUGUUUUCACUUUGGCCACAGGACAAGUAAUCAAGGGCUGGGACCAAGGACUUUUGAACAUGUGUGAAGAUGAGAAAAGAAAACUUGUGAUUCCUCCUGAAAUGGGAUAUGGUGACAGAGGUGCUCCACCGAAAAUUCCAGGAGGUGCUACGUUGAUUUUUGAAGUUGAGCUGCUGAAAAUUGAACGUAAAGAUGAGCUUUGAUUCACUGCUGCAUUCCCUGGUACUUAAUGUUAGGAAAUUUCCAGUAUUCUUGAGUCUUGUUUCUGAGCUUUAAUUUUGAUCUUUUGCAAUACGUCUUGGUUACUGAGCUUUAAACUGUAUAUUGAGUUACCAGUUUUUCCUUUUCACUUGUUUCUUAUGUUAAUUUUACAAAUUUAGAUUUUUUUUUUUUACUUUGAUUGAGAGUAAAGCUUCCAUGACCAGCAAUAAUUUUGUCAGAUUAACUGUAAACAGUUUAGACAGUUGUCUCUUUAGUUUAGCAUGAGGUUUUAAGGCGCUCGCAACUGCAUAAGGUCAUAUGAGCGUUUAGUUUUAGUCAACAGUAUUUUGGAAAACUUGUACUUGUAGUUAUUCUAUGGUUUUAAAAGUUUGCCUUCAGUAUACAACUGUUUAUUUCAGAAUGCUGUCAGGUCUGCUGGGGUUAAUAAUAAUAUAGAUUGUGUAAGGUGCAUAGAGUUUGCUGCUGUUGAAAGGGGAUUUGCCUGUGCUACACAAAUGCUGUCUAUUUCUAUUAUUAUUUAUUUGAUUUAGAAAAGAAGAAAGAUCCCUCUUGCCACACUAAAUUUACUGUGAGAGAUAGGACCCUUUUGUUUUUACAUUUUCUGGUAGAAAAUGCCCUCAUUAUAUCUGUCAAAGAAAAAAAAAAUAAUGUGUAAUUCCGUUGUGACAACAUUUAAAGUCUGGAGAAUGAAUGAGUCUGAUAGUUGCACCUGUGUGUUCAUGUGGCCUUACCGACAAACAUUAAACCAUCCAAACAAA